UCUCUCUCUCUCUCUCUCUCUAACCAAGCGUUAAUUUUCGUCUUCUUUCUCUUUCUCUCUCUCUCUCCCUCUCUGACGCCCCAACCCCCCACCUGAAGGCUGAACCAAAAGCAUCCCAACAAAAUUUCAAAAAAUAAAAAAUCAAAACCCAAACACACGCUCUGAGAGGGAAAGAGAGAGGCAAGCUGUGUUCUGAAGCGCACUCAAAAAGCUCUGUGAAGAAAACCAAAAACCAUGGACGAUUACACGAGGGAGAUGAUGGACCUCAAGACCCUAGUCACUCGGACCCUCGAGAAGAAAGGCGUUCUUGCCAAGAUCCGGGCUGAGCUUAGAGCAAGUGUAUUUGAGGCAAUUGAAGAGGAAGAUCGAGUUAUUGAGAAGGACGAAGGUUUACCUCCUGCAUUACUUGGUAGCUGCAAUGAGCGUGCCAAACAACUCCAUGCUUCUCCUUCAGGGAGGCUUAUUACUGCAUUAAUUUGUGAAUAUCUAGACUGGGCUCAGCUGAACCACACGCUAAAGGUUUAUUUGCCGGAGUGUAAUUUGUUUGCUGAAUUUCAGCAAAAGGAUUCAUGGAAAACUGAGUUGAAAGAAUUCAGCAGCAAAAAUGGAUAUGACCUUAAUAGAAAUGGUGAUAGUGGUCCUUUGCUAUUGGAUGUCCUUGAAGGUUUCUUGAAAUUUGAGAACCUGUCCCAAACUAGGGGUACUGGAAGGAGGCUAACCAGUGCAGAGACGGAGUCCUUAUCCAAUCUAGAGUCUCGGAACACUCGAAGACCUUCUUCAUCAUCUGUUGCAGGUGGCCUGCCUCCACUAGGAAGGCCUGUUUCUGCUUCCCAGGCAUCUGAUCGAAGAGGAGGAUCUUCCAUGUCUGGUUACAGGAAAGAUGAGUACAAUUGGAGAUAUGAUAGUGAGGAACUUCCAGAUGAUAUAAUUCGAACUUCAUCUGCCUUGGAAAACCUUCAGUUGGAUAGGAAAGCUCGAAAUCUAACUACGUCUUGGCGGCAUGCUGGGGAUGGGAUCAACGAUGACGAUGGUCGGGCUGAGUGAAGACAAUGCUUUACAUUCCUGCACUUGUAUUUUACUCUGUAUUCCACCCCCCGCCCCUUCCCAAUUAAUCCAGUAAUGAUCAGCUAAUGUGGCUAGUAAUUUUAUGUAUGAUUCCACACAUUCUGAUGUGAUUUAGUGCUUGGUUUGAGUGUUGUUUAUCUUUAGUUUCCUUGUUGACCAUUUUUUGUUGUAGAAUUGGCUUUAGCAUUGAAUUUCAUCCUCUGCUUAAACAUUUUUUUAAAGGCUGAUUGAAGUCUGAAACUUCAUGGGAUUGUAAAGGUUGAGAUCUGUCUCCUGAUUGAAAUAUGGAUCUAUUAAGAUGUUUGUUUAA